ACACCCGCUGUCGCCGGCGACGUGUGCUUCUUGUGUGCCCUGGGAACCUCAGCAAAGACUGUCAUGGAUUGCCAGGGAUUGGCUUGGGAGAGAAGCGAGGCAUGGACCCUUCGAAUAGCAACGAUGGCGAUCAGCCCUCGCUGCUGUCCCUGCUGACCACCGUUGCGGUGGAGAACGAGAACGUGGCCGCAAACAGCAGCAACAGCAACAACCACAAUACCAAUAUCAACGGGGGGCCGGGGCUGUCCCUUCCGACCGCCCUCCCGGAUACUUCCCCCCGGUUGGGAGACGCUCCAGCCAAAAGGCCCGCGAACCACGACUUCAACGACAAUGACGACGACAACGACAGGCAUAGACAUAGACACAAGCUCAAAUACGACCCGUGCUACGAUCCGCUGCCGUAUCGGGUGCCGAACGGAGCGGACAGAGACGACGAAGCUUCCCGGGACGAAGGGCCACGGGUCUUUGGACCUUCCCCGUUUCGAAGGGAUCACCAUCAGCAGCACCAGCAGCAACGAUACGAUUCCUCACGGGAACAAGCAGUAGUCGAGGAAUCGCUGGAAACGCACGAUGUCGGGAUUGGAGAACCGUAUCCCCUGUUUUCCCGGCAGUACGGGGACCAAGCAUCCCAUCCGCAACUCCGGUUGCAACUCGCCAAAACAGGAGACGGCCUCGAAGAGAGACCGCCGGGAUGGCAACCACAGCAGCUGCAACAGCAACAGGAACAGCGGCAGGAACAAGAACGAAUAGACAGUGCCAUUGAUGCCACCGACAACUCCAUGGACUUGGAACCGUCACCGGUUUGGCCAAACGAAGCUGCUUACGCUAUCAAGGCGAGAGAGGGACAGCGACCGGGAUCGUUGACGAACCGCUCCAUGAUGAACGACGACAGCGACGACGCCGGCGGCAAAGUCAACGGCAACGGCAACGUCGGAGACGACGACGACGACGACGAUUCGAACCCCAUACMCCUGCAACGAGGUUUCCACCCGGUGCCGCACCAGCAAGAGCUGACAGAAUUCGGGGUGGAGAAACAAGGACUCCUGCCCAUGCUCGAAAUUCCUCCGCAGCAGCAGCAAAGAACCCUUUUAGCAACCGAUAUCACUAGUCCGUUAGCAACCAAUGACGAAGGAGGAGUUGCACCGGGUGGAUUUCCAGAGGGGGCUUACAAGCCACCGCCACCACAGCAGCCACAGCAGGUACCGCAAAUACCGGCAAACCAACCUCCGCAGCCACUGCCCGCCAACCACAGCGAUUUCUCUUAUCCGUCUCCACACUUUUCUCCGGGACAAGAAGAGCCCCGGCACCGGAUGUCCCUCACGCUACACGGACGAGAGUCGCUUCCGGCCCCGCAGAUGACCACGGAGCGCGGGUCGACCCCGAUUCCAUCAUCCUUCGAGGCCAACCACGGUGGCGUCUUUGCCGAUGAUCCCGGCCCUCGCAUCUUCGAGGGGGGGCAGGCUGCUGCUGCUGCGACUGGAAAUCCCAUCCACUUUGAGGCCAUCGCCGGGGAAGACCGUUACCUGCCGCCCCGCGAUCGAUUCGAAGAUCCCCCUGCCUUGCGGACCGACCGGAAGCGACCAAGAAACCAUCGGACGGACGGAAGCGGAGGGGCCGCCCCGAGAAAGGGGCCGGCCAGCGGGUCCUCCCGAACGAUCUGCGGAGUGCCGCCGGAGGAAGCGCGGACAAAGUGGACGGGGGGCGAUACCUACGUCGGUCGGAUCCACACCAUGCUGGAGGAAGCCCGGGGGAACGGGUUUGCCCACGUCGUGAGCUGGCAGCCCCAUGGCCGCGCCUUUAAGAUCCACAAGCGGGAAGAGUUUGCCGAACGGAUUCUCCCGAGGUACUUUCACACGAAAAACAUGAAACACUUCCAGCGGUGGCUCUCGGCAUGGGGGUUUGCCCGGCACGGCGAGGGGACCGACCGGGGGGCGUACUACCACCGGUACUUUGUCCGGGGCGUGGUCGUGGCCCUGGUGAAAAAGCUGACGAGGGCGGAAAUGCGGCGGUCCAUGAAGGACUGGUUGGCUCCUGGAGAAGUUCCCAACUUUUACACCGAGAAAGAUAGCACCCCAUGCCGAUCGAAAUCAUCGAAGAUAGGAAUGCAACCGGCGUUCGAAGGGGCUACCGGCAGAGAGAAGGACGACCGACACCACCACCAAGAGCAACACGCGAAAGGAAACGAACCCGGCGAUGACAAGAACGACGAGCCAGGAAUCUCCAACGAACGCGGAUCUGUGGUGCUCCACAACAACCCAAAAUAUCUGCGGGGAACGGUUCUCAAGGACGUUCGGCGGAUGCUGGAGGAUGCAAGAACGCAGCACUUUGCGCACGUUGUGUCCUGGUUGCCCGGCGGGAGGGCCUUCAAGAUCCACAACAAGAAGUCUUUCCAGGAAUCGGUCUGCGGCAGGUAUAUGAAAACGGCAAAACUGUCGUACUUUUCGGAUUGCCUUCGCACCUGGGGCUUUUGCCGGCUGAAGGAGGCUGCCGGGGAAGAACAAAAUGCGUACUACCACCGGCUGUUUCGGGACGGCAAACCCGAGUUGUAUCGGCAUCUCUCUCGGGCACAGAUGCUGGAAGCGAUGAAAGACUUCAAGGAAGAGCAGAAACGACAGAAAGAGAUAUCCUGGUCGCUCUUCCCCCACCAUCGACAGAACUUCGGAAUCAACGGAAAUGAGAACGAUGCCGUCGCCAACAGCAUGAAGCUACAGCCGGUGUCCAAAGAAGCUGCGAGAAAAGCGAACCCGGAGGAGCUCGCUCUGGCGACUGCUACCGCCGCAGAAAGGCUAGCUGACAGGGCAGAAGUCGAAAACGAGAUCAAGGCCAUCGGGGAACCUCUCCACCUGGUCCAAGCUGCGUUUGCGAAUCCGCUUUCUCAGCCGCAGGAUUUCCUCACCGGAUACCUCGAUGUUCACAACGGCAACAAGGAAGAUGCAAGGAGCGCCACGAAUCCGCACAAUAGCAACGCUAUGGACAUGAGCAUGCGCAAUCGCUUCAUCGACAAUUGUGACCUCGACCCAACCUAUCAGUCGGUCCAUCCUAGCACGGCCACAGAAGUUUUUGCUCCCGACGCAAGAAGGCCGUUGGCGGCACCCGGCGAUCCGCGAACUGCCUCUAUCGUAUGCCAGACACCAAAGCCGACUUUGCUACCGAGUCCCAUGGCGCGCACCGCGAAUCUGUCGUACGCCAUGAGGAUCCACGCAAUGCUGGAGGAAGUCGAGGCAAAGGGGAGGACCGACAUUGUGUCCUGGAUGCCCCACGGGAGAGCCUUCAAAAUCCACGACGACAGAGCCUUCGAAACGAAGAUCCUUCCCCAGUAUUUCAAAGCUACUCUGCCGUCGUUUACGCGCUGGUUGCUGCACUGGGGAUUCGUGCGCAUGAUCACUGGAAAGGAUCGGAAGUGUUGGUACCAUCGUCUAUUUGUUCGAGGAGUAGUCGAACUGAUUCGGGACCACACACGGCAGGAAUUCUUCGACGCGAUGAAAGAAUGGAGGGACCAGGGCAACGAGCCAGACUUUUAUUCUUCCGGGACGGGGGAAGAAAUAUCCGAAAUGCCGUUGGUUGCAAAGAAGAAACAUACACGAUCGGACAAGGAGAACAAUAGUAUCGACGAGACAGAGUCCGAACCCAUACCAACCAUUGCGGCAAGAGAGCAGAAAACGAAUCCUAGGAUAUUGCGAGGCACGGUUGUAGAGGACCUGAGGGAAAUGCUGGAUUCCGCCCAAGCGGAGGGGAAUGCUCACAUCGUAAGCUGGCUUGCCCACGGGAAAGCCUUCAAGAUUCACAACCAGGACGAGUUCGAGGCGAACAUCAUGGGGCAGUAUUUUAAGGCUUCCAAGUACCGCUAUUUUACAGAUGUGCUCCGGAGCUGGGGAUUCGUCAAGCUGAAGGAAGGCAGAGACAAGGGUGCCUACCACCACAAGUACUUUGCCAAGAAUGAUCCCAAGCUGUCACACAAUCUCUCUCGGGCCCAAAUGAAAGCUUCGAUGAAGGGAUGGCCGAAACAGAAUGUCCCUAGUUUCUAUGACGAAAACUAACCAUAGCUCCAACCCUGCGAACAAGCCAACAGUCCAGCAAACAAUACUGUAGCGUUUUGAAAAAAGGAAGCGAAGAAAUGCGAAUGGAAUUU